AUGUCAAAACUCUUCCUCUGUUCCUUGUUGUUGGUUUUAUUCGCUGCCUCGUUGGUAGUCUGUGCCGACUCAGAGUCCAUGCUCGCCAGUGGAGCCACUCUCGUGGUCAACACUGCUUCCUUGAAUGUCCGUCGAGGACCAUGUACCAACCAAGGUGUCAUUACUGCCAUCUCUCAAGGAGCUACCGUCACUUACGGUGGUGAAACUGUGAACGGAUGUGGAUACACAUGGCAUAAAGUGCGUGGCAGUUUUGGAACUGGUUAUGCUGCUUCUCAAUACUUGAAUGAACGACCAAGCAAUCCUGGUGGUUCUUCUGGUUCUAGCAUUAGUGUUGAGCAAUUGAGAGCUUGUAUGCCAGGUUUAUCUUCUGCCAAGGCUAAUCAAUAUAUUAAUUAUUUGAAUGAUGCUUUGAGAACUGGUAGCAUCAACACUUGUUGCAGAAAGAGUGCCUUCUUGGCUCAACUUGCUCACGAGUCUGGUGAUCUCAACUGGUGGGUUGAAUUCGCUUCUGGUGCUGCUUAUGAAGGAAGAAAGGAUCUUGGUAACAUUUAUCCAGGUGAUGGUGUUAGAUAUAAGGGACGUGGACCAAUUCAAAUUACUGGACGUGCCAACUACAGAGCUGCCGGACAAGCUAUUGGCGUUGAUUUGGAAAACAAUCCAACUAGAGCUUCUGAUGUUGAUGUUGGUUUUAGAACUGCUGUUUGGUUCUGGAAUUCUCGCUCAUUGAAUCAAUAUGCUGACAAGUGCGAUCAAGCUAACUUUGAUGUCAUUACCAGAAGAAUCAAUGGUGGUUACAAUGGAAAGGCUGACAGAGAUGCCAAGUGGAGACGUGCUAGAAGUGCUUUGGGUUGUUAA